CAAAGCUUUGAACUUUCCUCAGUAGAAGAAAAAAAAAAAAAAAAAAAAAAACCCUCUUAUCUUUCAAACAUCCACUCUCCAACCCCAAGAUCUAAAACCCAGUUUUGCAAAGCUUAUUCUCCUUGUGGCUAAUUAGUAUAGAACACAGCGUCAUUAGGAUUUCCAUUUCCAAUUAGAAAUUAAUUAAACAGGCAAGUUCUGUUAUGCUUACAAUAAUAAACAGCAGCUUCCUUUGUUUCCCUUACAAACAAUCAUGAAGAAUCCAAGCAGUAAACACCUUCAUAAAUCAAUAACCAUGAAACCUUUUCUCACUCCUCUGUUCCUUUCCCUGUUUCUGCACAUCAUCACCGUGCACGUGGCCGGUGAUACUUCUCCUAUCUACACUCCGGUGGAGGAUAUCACCCUUCAAUGUGGCUUUUCCGGCGACCAACUCAAUCCAGACGACACCAGAACUUGGACUGGAGAUAUCAACUCAAAGUUUUCCCCCUUUGAAAACCAAGCAGCUGGCAGCCCCUCCAUAUCCAGACAAGCACCUUCUUCCUCCUCUGUACCUUACAGCACCGCGAGGCUUUCUCGCUCUGAAUUUACAUACAGAUUUCUAGUCGCCACCGGCCAAAAGUUCAUCCGCUUGUAUUUCAACCCAGCUUCAUAUGGCCCUGACUUCGACCGAUCCAAAGCCCUCUUCUCAGUCAAAGCCGGUGGCUUCACGCUUCUCAAAGACUUCAACUCUUCAGUCACUGCCGAUGCUUCUGAGUCCGAUAUAAUAUACAGAGAAUUCUGUCUCAACGUUGAGUCAGAACAGAGCUUGAACAUCACUUUCAUGCCAAGCAGAGCAACUGCAGAUGCGUAUGCGUUUAUCAAUGGAAUUGAAAUUGUGUCCAUGCCCAACAAUCUUUACUACACCUCUGCUCAAAAUUCAGAUGGAGUUAAUUAUAUAGGCAGCGAAAACACAUUUCGGAUCGAAAACGGCACUGCGCUGGAGAUGGUGUACCGAUUCAACGUCGGUGGAAGACCACUAGUUUUCAAUCAGGACACUGGUAUGUACCGAAACUGGGAUGGCGAGCAAGAAGAGCACAAGUACUUAGACGAUUUAAGUUUAAAGUUUAGUGUUUUACCGCAAAACAGUAGCAUUGAACUCAACUUUACUGAAAUAGCAAAGUACUCUGCUCCAGAAGAACUUUACCGAACUGGCCGGUCAAUGGGCAUGAACAAGACCAUAAACAAGAGCUAUAAUCUCACCUGGGAGUUCCCUGUCGUUCCCAAGUUUUUGUACCUGCUUAGGCUUCAUUUUUGUGAGUUUGUACCUGAUGUUACCAAGUACGGUGACCGACGGUUUCUGAUCUUCAUCGCCAAUCAAACAGCUGAAAAAGCCUGGGACAUAAUCGCGCGGAGUCGUGGAAAGGGAAGACCAAUUUACAAGGACUACGUUGUGUUCAUGCCUGCAGGCCCUGCAAGCCAGAAGAAAGUUAGUCUCUUUCUCGCACUGCAAGCAAACCCAAAAGAUAAUAUGACCAAUUUCAACGAUGCAAUCUUGAAUGGGCUCGAGAUCUUCAAACUCAGUGACACAAAUCGGAAUCUUGCCGGACCCAAUCCCGACCCACCUCUUCUAAUAACCCCACGAGUGAUAGCUCCACCGCAAAGCCGUAAAUUUAAAAAACGUAUGCAGACAAAAGUUUGGCAUGCAAGUCUUGGAUCCAUGCCUCCACUUCUGCUCAAGAAAUUCAAUAAUAUCACAACUCAAAGUUGA